GCUGGUUAAUCGUCCUGUUCCUCUCUCUUGGCCGUGACUCGUAUUCUCUUCGAACCCCUCCUGCUGAGAUGCUUAGAACGAGUGGCCCCCUGGAUGGGAAAGAGGAGGAACAGGAGGAGGAGGAGGAGGAUUGCCCGGAGCUGGUCCCCAUUGACAUGCAGCAUCAACCGCAGCCGCAGCCGCCAGAGGAGGAGGAGGGGAAGCCCGAUCCCUAUGCUAAGAUCCCGGUCACGAUUAUCACUGGGUAUUUAGGUGCUGGAAAGACAACUCUCCUUAACUACAUUUUGACUGAACAACAUAACAAAAGAAUAGCAGUUAUUUUAAAUGAGUUUGGGGAAGGAAGUGCAUUGGAGAAAUCCUUAGCUGUAAGCCAAGGUGGGGAGCUAUAUGAAGAAUGGUUGGAGCUUCGAAAUGGUUGCCUCUGCUGCUCAGUAAAGGAUAAUGGCCUGAAAGCUAUUGAGAAUUUGAUGCAGAAAAAGGGAAAAUUUGAUUACAUACUGUUAGAAACAACUGGUUUGGCAGAUCCUGGUGCUGUUGCUUCCAUGUUUUGGGUUGAUGCUGAAUUAGGAAGUGACAUUUACCUUGAUGGAAUUGUAUCCGUUGUGGAUUCAAAAUAUGGACUGAAGCAUUUAACAGAAGAAAAAGCAGAUGGGCUGAUAAAUGAAGCAGUGAGGCAGGUUGCUUUGGCGGAUAUUAUCAUAAUCAAUAAAACCGACUUAGUUGCAGAAGAGGAGUUAAUUAAAAUAAAAACAAUCAUCAGGUCAAUAAAUGGACUGGGAAGAAUUUUAGAGACCCAAAGAUCAAGAGUUGAUAUUUCUAAUGUACUGGAUUUACACUCUUUUGACAGUCUCUCUGGAAUCAGUUUACAGAAAAAACUACAACAUGUGCAGACAACACAACCUCACCUUGAUAAGAGUAUUGUUACAGUCACAUUUGAAGUACUAGGAAGUACAACUGAAGAAAAUCUAAAUAUAUUUAUUCAAAAUCUGCUGUGGGAAAAGACUGUGAAAAAUAAAGCAGAUCACACUAUGGAAGUCAUCCGACUGAAGGGACUGAUGUCUAUCAAAGACAAACCAUACCAAGUGAUUGUCCAAGGGGUCCAUGAGCUGUAUGAUCUGGAAGAGACUCCAGUGAGCUGGAAAGACGAUACUGAGAGAACCAACAGGCUGGUGUUGAUAGGUAGAAACUUAGAUAAGGAAAUCCUUAAAAACCUAUUUAUAGACACAGUGACUGAAACAAGAAAGCAGUUGACACUACAUUUCAAAGAAGACCAAGCCUGUCCUUAACACUAGAAGCAUUUUUAAUCAAAAGACUGGAUGAUUUACUGGGGGAAUCAAAUUCCUGCUGCUUUGUUCAUGAAUCUAUUUCUUGGCACUGUUAUGAAUUAUCUUUUAAAUGUUUUUCUUUUUAUGUAACACAUUAAAUAAGUAUUGUAAAAUUUUCA